AGGCCAUAACCUUUCUCCAUGGCAUCAUUCUCACUCUCAAAGCAGCUAAGCUCUCUGUUCCUAGUAAUAUCCAUGGUGGGUAUGCUUGGAACUUUCAUCAAUAUUGUGGGGGUAGAUGGAGCAACUUCUUCUUCUUCUUCUUCUUCUUCAACUUGGUGUGUGGCAAGAAGUGAUGCUACCACCCAAGCCCUUCAGACAGCCUUAGACUAUGCAUGCGGGGCUGGUGCUGACUGUUCCCCAUUACAAUCCACUGGCCUCUGUUAUCUUCCAAACACAAUCCAAGCUCAUGCCUCUUAUGCCUUCAACAGUUAUUAUCAGCGCAAGGCUAUGGCUCCUGGCUCUUGUGACUUCUCUGGCACUUCCACCAUUGCUCAAACCGAUCCCAGUUAUGGAUCUUGUGUGUACCCAUCUUCUGCAAGCACGGCUGGAGGGACACCUACACCAACCACGCCACCAGCUACAGGCAUUUUCAGUGCACCAACAACGCCUACGACACCAACAUUUGGCGGGGGUAGCGUUACUGGAUUCACUCCGGGAAUGACCCCAACGAUCCCUGACUCUGACGACAACUCAAAAGCAUCCCUUGAGUCCAUGAUCCCAACAAUCUUGAUGCAUGUGUCCUUUAUGUUUGUUCUUUCAUUUACCCUAAACUAAACCCAUGUGGCUCGUUUAUUUAUUUAUAUAAUUUUAUAGUUAUAGCAGGAGUAGCAUUGCCCUACGUGGAAAAGAGGUUAUAGAUUUUUUGUUAGAAGUUGGAACCUUCUUUGUCCACUUCCAUCUAGCUAAGCCUCUCAAUUAAUAUUGUG